AGACCGAAGACCGAAGAGUAUUGAGGAACUCCCUUGGUCUGCUCAUGGCCCUCAGGCCUUUUCCCUCCACCUCCUGCUGUCCAAUCUCUCCUCUUUCUGUCCCCCUUUUCUCAUGAAACUGAUGCAUGUGGUAGCGCAUAAGGCUCGUUAGCCUAGCGAAUUGCGCCGUACGUGCCUGGUUUUGUGGCGGCUUUUCUUCGCAUCGACCGCCUCGUAGUCUUCGUCGCGCGUGCUGAUACGCUCGUGUAGUAGGACUGAUUCAGGUCGUUUGAUGCCUUUCCUUCCGUUUUACGAGCAUUAUGAUAUUGGAUAGCUAUCUUCACCGCGCCGACUAUUUAUCAAAGCUAGUCUCACCCUCGUCUUUAUAGUUUUCGAGUUCUUCUCCUCCGUCGCCACCGAUAGCCUCAGGCUACUAGAUCUGACAGCGUGCAUUUAGCAGUGAAAUUAUGAGCAGCGCACCGAACAUGCGUGUCGCAGUAGACUACGACGCGCAAUAGCGGAAUGGGUUUGUCCAUAGCUGAUGCUGCUGCGACACAAGUCGCAGCAGCAGCAGUUUCACGAGCCAGAACAUCAGUAGCAGCAGCGACAGCGGCAAUGACAGCGGCAGGGGACUGUACAUGCCUGAACAAAAAACAGAGACGUACAGAAGGAAGGUUAAUUUGGCCGACGCGGCGGACGAAACAUGUGCCGACGUCAAUUACACCGCACCAACAGCGGCCACGUGUGCACGCGAUUCUUAGUCCUAGACUAGUACUGGCGGCCCUGCUGGUGCUCCUUAUCGCUGUGCUGUUUCCAGACGCCUCGAGUAUACCGAGCGCAGAGGCCAUUCAAUUUUCGGGUGAAAAAUACGCGCCGUGCGGGGUGUCAGGGAACUAUUCCGUCGUGGGUUUCAAAGGAGCGUUCACCCCUCUGCAGCCUCGCGUUCAGCUGUCGGGUUUCGUGACGGUGUAUGACGACUGCUAUCUCGCUCUCUCCUCGCUCACAUUGAAAUCGGCCAACAGCACUCCCUCCCUCUCUCUCUGGGGGGGGAUAGCAGGGGAAGACCCGUUCUCCUACGCCUCCCCUCUCGACCCCGCCCUCUCCUCCCUCACUCCCGCCGCCACCUCUCCCCUCCUCGCCGUCUACAUCGGCUCCCAGGGCCGAACCUGGGACAACAUACACGUGCUCUACCUCGUCUCUGCCACUCCCGCUGGGGACUUAGAGAAAGUCCUGGCUCAGGUGCAGCUGCCGAGGAGGCUUACCCGUGGCGGAGUGAGAGGUACCAGCAGCAGUGGUGGUGGUGGUGGUGGUGGGGUGGGUGUGUUGCCUGGCAGUGCGACGGAAGCGUCUGAGGGGGUACGAAAGCAGGUGUUUCAGUACGCCAAGAAGAACCAGUUGCUGGCGCCACCGCCCCCGGUUAUGCCGCCCCCGCCCCCGCCCAUUCCGCCGCCCCCUCCGCCUGUGGCGUCGCCGGCGCUGGGGUUCGUGAACUGCGUCACUGCGAAGAAGGGCCGACUCAACAUCUACUGGCGCAUGGUGGGCGACCCCAUCAACGGCAUGGCUGUGGAGUUCGGGCUCGAGGGCAAGGUGCCCGACAACAGCUGGAUGGCGUUGGGCCUGUCUGGUAACCAGUCGCACGCUGACAUGCACAGCAGCGACAUCACCGCUGCAGGAAUCAUCACCUCUAGCACCAGCAACGGCAGCAGCAGCGGAAGCGGGAGCAGCAGCAGCAGUGGUGGCAGUAGCAGUAUUGGUAGCAGUAGCAGUAGCAGUGGGGUGGUAGAUGCGUUUGCAACGGAUUUCUACGUCACGGCGUUGGAGGCGUGUGAGCAGAUCGCAGGAGGAUACGUGGGGGUCUGUCCGGACGCUCUUCUCGGCUCCUCCCCCGCCCUCAACAACGUCAAUCUCACCCUCGCCUCGCGCCAGGCGGACGUCUCCUUCAUCCGCUUCCGCCGCUCCCUCGCCCUCUCCACCGACCCCCUCUUUGACCGCCGAUUCGAUAUAAGCCUCCCCUCUGCAGUCCCCAACAAUACGGAUCUUUCCCGCCCCCUGCUGUUCAUUUUCGCUACAGGACCCCUCCACCCUUCCUCCACCCCCUCGCUGCCCCAGCUACUCCCACAUGCCUCCUCCUCGGCGUUCUUUUCUGGAUCGAUUAACAUCACGUUAAACGCUGCUAAAGCGACUAAUUCCUGUGAGCCGCUUUGGAACACGCCGGCGCUGAGCUACCCGGCUCUGCCGCCCGGUUUGGUGCCCUCGCCGCCCGGCGAGCCAUCCAUGUGGGACGACGGGGCGGUGAUUUCUGGCUUAUCUCAGUGCAGCACCACGUUUGAGGGGGAAAAUAGGAAGUUUGCCUCGUGUGAGGCCCUUCCAGGAGGUUUCUUUUUCAUGUGGACGCUUGGGAAAGAAGAGCUAUCUGGUGCGUUUAUCUCCCAGUCUGUGUCCCCACAAGGUUACGCUGCUGUAGGGCUGCUGCUGCCCCCACCCACCCCGCUGCUAGAGGCGCUGUUUACCCCUCCCCCGGCGCCGGCCGGGGGGAAUGGGAGUGGGAGCGUGGAAGGGGGGUAUGUGAAGCCGGAUUCGUUAGUGGGUGCCUCGAUGCUGGUUGCAGUGAGGGCGGAGGACGGAAGCGGGGGAAUGAGAGUGGAGGAGUUUGAGAUCGUGAAGAAAGCGGCAGGCGACAGCAGCAACACCACUCUCACUGGCGCAACAACCACAGGCACCAGCACCACCAGCACCACCAGCACCGGCAGCAGCAGCAACAGUACCAGUCUGGCACCACAGGAGCAAACGGCCAUGGUGCGAGGGGGCAAUCUCUCUCUCAUCUCAUCCAAAGCGGAGCUCCAAGCGGGCUCCCUCACGCUGCUCUUCACCAUCAAACUCCCCCACAGGCAGCGAUCCGGUGCCGUGCUCCUCUGGACCAAGGGCGCCCAGUUCUUCCCUUCGAACGACUCCCUCUCCCCUGAUGGGGUUGUAGCUAUGGCAAGCGCGCCGAUAGACUUUGGCAAUGAGAGUGACGUGGAUCCGAACGCGGCGCAGGUGACAACAGCAGGAGUGGUGUAUUCGGCCCUGAGUGUGGCGGCGUGGGCGUUUCUGCUGCCGGUGGGGGCGGUGUCGGGGCGGUAUGUGCGCAAGCAUAGCCGGUACUGGUUCCCGCUGCACCAGGGGGUUCAGCUGGGCGGGUACUUUCUGACGCUCUCGGCGUUCACGCUGGCCCUGUCGCUGGAGUCGCUGCACAAGUCGGUGGGGUACUGCGUGCUGCUCGCGCUGCUCUCUGUUCUCCUCGUGUUACAGAUUUCAGCAGUGAUGGUUCGUCCCCCCGAGUCCCACCACCUGAGGGACCACUGGCGGCGAUUCCACAAGGUGUGCGGGUGCUCCUCGCUCCUCCUCUCCCUCAUCCUCCUCUUCCUCGGCCUUCAGCUCAUACAAGCCUCCUCGGGCUUCUCUAUUACUGCUGGCGUGUGGCUGGCGCUGCUGGCGUCCUGCUGCCUUACCCUGGAGUGGCUGCUGUGGGCGAAUAGGCUGACUCAGAGUAGGGUUAGGCCGGAGAGAGAGGGGGAGGCGAGUGAGAAGGGGAGAUCAGGAGCAGGAGCAACCGCAACUGCAGGAAGAGCCGGGAAAAGAGAGUCUCACUCUCACUCUCACCACUCGCAUCCCUCGCACGCAUCUCACCACCACCACUCGCACCUGUUGCCUGUGGAGCGCACAGACAGCACCACGAGCAGCAGCAGCGGGGUGGGCGGGCUGGGGAAGGGCGGGGAGAGGCAGAGGCGGCGGCAGCAGAGGCAGCAGGAGGAGCUGGCGGAAGCAGUAGCGGCCGCCUGUGCUAGAGCCACCUCUAGGAUGUCGUUCAAUGGACGCUUGCCUCCUGGUACUGCUGGUGGUGCUGCUGGUGGUGCUGCUGGUGGUGCUGCUGGUGGUGCUGCUGGCCGUACUGGUGGUAGUGGUGGUGUUGGUGGUGGUGGUAGCGGUGGUGCAGGUGCGGGUGCUGGUGGGGUGGGACCAGCAAGAGGAGGGGCAGGGGGGCUGCUGUCAGCUGCUGCUGCUGCGGUGGCUGAUGUUGACGGUGACGCUGCUGCUGCUGCUGCUGGCAGUUCCGGUGCUGCUACUAGCGCUGUGAGUAGCGUGCCAAGUGCAGCAGUAGGAGCAGCGGCGGGAGUAGCAGGGGCAGCCAUAGGUGCUGGAGUGGCAGGAGUCGUUGGUGGUUCACUUGCUGCAGCAGACGCAGUGGGAGCAGGCAAGACGCCCUACUCCAUUCUUCAGUAUCCAGGUAAUAAUGCUGGUGGGGUGUCAAAACAUCCUGCUGCUGCCGGUAGUGCAGCAUCAAAGCACACGAAGCAACUGCUGAGGUCGGCUACUCCCACUGCUGCUGCCGCCGCUGCAGCGGCUGCUGCUGCUGUCACCUCUGUCAGCCUAACUGCCUCUGACUCUGCUGGCUCUGCUUCUGCCACAGCGGCUGCUGCUGCUGCUGCGGCUGCUGCUGCGGCUGCUCGUGGAUCCCCUGCCAAAGCAACGCGUUUCUACCAGAACAGCAUACUGACCCCUGCUCCCCCUGGCAGCGCUGCAAUCGCCACUCUUGUCGCCAGUACCAGGAAUCCUGCUGAGGCUGCGGUUGGGCCAAUACUGAGUGUUACAGGGGCAGCAGGAGCGGGUGAAACAAGAGGAGGAGAAGGAACAGGAGGGGUGGGAGGAGGGGACGCAGUGGGAACAGGCGGAGCAGGAGGAGGAUUAGGAGGGGGGGGAGCAGAGGCGGCUGCAUUUUCCUUAGCCACGAGAACCACCUUCAUGAACCCCCUCUUUCACUCGUCAGUCGAAGGAAGCAAAGACGGAGAGGAUAGCAGCAGCAGCAGCGGCAGAAACAGCCCUAGGAGCAGCAGCUUUACGGCACAUGCUGAAGGUUUCUCUAAGACGGGUGAUGGUGGUGGGAAUGUGGAACUGGUUGCUGUGGGCAUACAGGCACAGCAACAAGAGAAGGAGAAGGAGCACCUGCAGCAGAAGCAGCCACAGAAGGAGCAGCAGCAGCCUCAGAAAGGGCAGCAGCAGCCUCAGAAGGGGCAGGAACGGCAGCUGUGGCAGCAGCUGUGGCAGCUGCAGCAAACGGCACAUUUGGAGCCGGGUGAGCAGCAGAAGGAAGCUCAGAAAACGGUGGAAAAGGGCAUAGAGAGAGCGCAUCCGCAGCAGCUGCAGCGCCCUAUGAGAGGCUCGGAAGGCGGUGCUUCGGGCUCAACUCAUGCUGCACCAAGUGUUGUUGCUACUCCCUCUGCGACCGAGCUUGCUCCUGCUGCCUCACCAGCUAUGGGGCUGGCCUCAGCAGCAGCAGCAGCAGCAGCAGCAGCAGCAGCAGCAGCAGCAGCAACAGCAACAGGGAAAGAUGCCGCUGCAGCUGCUGUUGUACCAUCACCUCCCUCCUCCACUAGGACUUCACAUCCAGUCAUCUCACCCCCCGUGGCUGCAGUUAGCGUCUCCUCUGUUGCCUACAAACCAGUUGCUACAACCCCUGGUGCUACAGCCCCUGCUGCUACAUACCCUGUUGCUACAGCCGGCGUCGCUGCUCCAGCUGUAGCUAGCCCCGUUGCAGUUGGUCUAGGAAUCAGUGGUACAGCUACAGAAGUAGCUUGCUAUUUCGAGAAGAAAACUGAGGUCGAAGGAGAGGAGGGGAAGGGGAACGAGGGGGCUGACAGUGAGGGGACAGACAGAGCGGAGAGGGGAAGGGAAGCAAGACAUAGGGAGGAGGAAACACCCGGAUGGGAGAAGGAACGGCCUCGGCUGAGAGACGAGUCUACACAGGAGCGAGCAGCAGAGAAGGAAAGGGCUGCAGAGGAAAAGAGAGGUGCCGCGGAGAGAGCAGCAGAGGAGGAGAGGGUGAGGGAGGAGAGAGUGAGAGAGGCAGCGAGCGCAAAGGAGGCCCGCUUGGCAGAAAACAGGCGGAGAUUUGAGUUGAUGGCAGCAGGCUUGGGCGGUGGGAAUGGGGGAGGGGGCGCAGGAGGAGGAGGGAGAGGGGCCCAGCCGAUGAUCAAAAUGGACAAGUAUAACGUGAAGGCCACGGUGGUGCACGCGCCUGACUUUGCGUCGCUCAAGCGGUCGCUGCAACUGCACAAGGCUCUGGCUUCCACUGAGAGCAGGGCUGCUGGCGCUGCUGCUGGCGUCAGUGCCACUGGUGGCUCUUCUACGGGUGGCUCUGCUAGUUCUGCCGCGGGACGGCCAUCUGGCAAUGCUGCUGCUUAUGCUGUGAAUAGUAUGGCUGCUGUGACAGCAGCCUCUAGGGCUGCAGCAUUAGACCCCCCUUCGAUUCUUCUCCCUCCAUACGGAUUUGCGGAUUCCAACCCUCCUCCUCGCUCCAACACUCCCCCUCGCUACAACACGCCUCCUCGCUCCAACACCCCUCCGCGCGCCCACUCCCCCUCGUCCCAAUCCGGCUCCCCUAGAACAGCCGGUCUCCCCCCUCUUCCCCCCUCCCCUUCCUUUUCGGGUGGAGGGCUAUCCGCCCGCUCACCGUCGCCUGGUAACCGUAACAGUGCCCUUGUGGCGGCUGCAGCUGCUGCUGCAGUUGCUGGGGAGACUGGUGCUGGAAUUGCUUCUGGUACUCAGGUUGAGUCAUCUCAUAACGCCGGUGGUGGAUCAUCAGCAAGAAGAGCCCUCAGCUUCCUGCCGGUCAUUGCAGACACACCUCGCUCUCUCUCCCCCACUCCGCCAGGGGCCAUGCCAAAACAGCUGCUUCCCCACUCACAUCAGCAGCAGCAGCAGCAGCAGCAGGCACUGCUCUACCAGCAGCAAGCAUACAUGGGUAUGCCCUCCUCCCCUACCUCCUCCUCGUCUACCCUCCCUCCCAUUGCAGAGCUCCCGAGCUCAUCCGCACAGGGGCUAUCUGCAGGUGUAUCUGGGGAAGGUUUACCUGCAGGAUUUGCAGGUAGUGCAGGGAGUGCUGCUGCAUUGGUUCUCGCCUCUCAACACCUCCCCUCUUCGCCCUCCCUCUGCCCCUCUCCUGGAUCUGCUGCUCUGCCAACGUUGCCACGACGGCCGUUAGAUCUCUCUGUGAAGGCAUCUCAGCCGUCCAUCUCAUCUGCCCCGCGAAGAAUCCUCUCAUCCAGUUUGUUUGCUCCUGAGGGAGCAGGAAGUGGGAGCCAUGGGAGUCAUGGGAAUCAUGGGAGUCAUAAUUGGGGUGCUGGGGGGGUGGGAGCUGGUAGGUUAGGAUCUCCUGUUGCUGCCACUGCUGGAUUUGGCUUAGCGAUCCAACGGUCAGGAUCAAACGAGGGGCUAGCUGUGGAACGUGUAGGGUCUGGUGAUGGUUUAGCAGGACAAGGGUUUGGGUAUUAGAAUGAACGGGAAAAUGACUGGCAAAGGCCGUUCCCAUCUAGAUGGCUAACUGAUGCAUUCGUAUAAUUUAUCGGCC